GUGUGACCUCCCUGGGUGGCACGGCCCCUGAGGCACCCGUGGCUGUGCGCCUGGCUACCACCGGCGCAGGCCUCUGAGCAAUAAUAGCCCCUGCACGGAAACCACGGCUGGGGUCGGUUUGCGCCCAGCCGGGCUCAGGUGACCAGGCGGGAGCUUGGCACACCUGGCGCCGUCCCCUGACCCCGCCCCGGGCCGGGCCGCACCCCGGAACGCUCUCUCUGGACGCCAGCGGCGGCGGUGCAAGGCCAUGGCGGCGGUGCCAGCGGUGUGCGCCUCGCAGAGGACCCCACCGGGUGCACCGUCCGCGCCGGCCGUCGCGCCCGCACCCGCGGCUGGCCUGGGCCGCUGCCGGAUGGCGCUGCUGCUGGCCGUGGCGCUGGACGUGGCAGGCAUGGCGGCGCUGUUGACUGGCGUGUUCGCGCAGCUGCAGGUGCGCGGCCGCGACUUCGGGGACCUGCUCAUCUACUCGGGCGCGCUGCUGGUGUUCCUGAGCCUGCUGGGCUGGAUCCUCUGGUACACCGGCAACAUCGAGAUCUCGCGCCAGGAGCUGGAGCGCGACUACGGCCUGCGGCCCUCGGCGCUCGCCCGCCUGGCGCGCAAGCUCUCCCGCCGCUGGUCGGCGCCCGCCGCCGCGGGCCAGCGCCCCGCGCCCGGCUCCCGGAGAGCGCGCCGAGCCGCCCGCGCGCCCCCGCCGCCCGCAGGCUCCCGCCGCGUGCGCCUGCAGCUCGCCACGCUCGAGGCCGGGCCCGGGGCGGCGGGCGCGGGCAGCGAGUGAGGCCCAGACAACCCCUCGGCUCCAGCUGUCAGGACCGGACUGCAGUGUGCAGCUGCCUCUACAUCCGUGGCCAGCAGGACGCUCCCUGUCCCCCCUCCCUCCUCACUUGGAUAAAAAGCAGAUUUGCCUCA